UAUUGAACUUGAAUGUUAUUGCAUUGUAGGCAAACUAGUUAACUAAUUGUUGUUGACUUGUUGAGCCGUCUGCUUAAUUAGUUGUUGUUGACUUGUUAUCUUUUCGAUGAAUAUUAUGUUUCAAAAUCUCGUCAGGAACAACUUCAAAUUUCAAGAAUUUUACUUUAAUGUUAUAUAUGAAUUUAUUAUAUAGACUUUUAAGUUUUAGCCCGUACGCCAAAAAUUCUUGGUUCCGCCCCUGUCAAGGCUUGAACCUGCACUCGGCCUAAGGUGGUUCCGCCCAUGUCACGUGAUCAUAAAUAGACGUUUUCAGUCACGUGGAGAAAUUGCUGCACGACUUAAAAAGUUGGGGAAAUGAUCGUCAAAAAUUGAAGGUUGGGGACCCUGGGAGGAAUUUGCCAAAACAAUUAUAUAAUGAAUCCUCUCAAAUUUCUUGAGGAAGGCAAUUCUUUCUUCUCCCAUAUUUCCUCCCUUCAGCAAUUAAAUUUACAUCGAAAUUUCAACACGUUGCUGACUUGAUGCUCUUACAGUUAUCCCAAAAGAUUCAUUGAAGAUCCCAUAGAAAAAUUAAUCUUUCUCUGUAUCAAUCCAUUAGAUUCUGCAGCAGUUUUCUGGUUUCAAGCAUUGUUUAUGCGUUCAUGGCUUUGCAUAGUUUUACUGCUGGAUUCAAAUUCAGGAAUUCUGAAAUCUUUGGGACUGGUCUUUGUAACUCCAUUAAUGUUCAGCCAUUGAACGCUACAAAUUUAAUUAUGAAACCACUGAUGAUUGAAGCAAAAGCUAAUACCAGGACUGAGAGUGCAAAAAUUCGGAACCGAAGAUUGAGGAAGAAGUUUAACGGGACACCUACAAAACCGAGGCUUUCGGUGUUUUGUUCAGAUAAACAGUUGUAUGCUAUGCUGGUAGAUGAUCAAAAUAAGAAGUGCUUGUUUUAUGGAAGCACUCUGCAGAAAUCAAUUCGAGAGGACCCAACUUGCACUACUGUUGAAGCAGCUAAGCGUGUAGGUGAAGAGCUUGUCAAGACUUGCAUAGAUCUCAACAUUAAUGAAAUUUGUUGUUAUGAUCGCAAUGGUUUUGCUCGUGGAGAACGAAUGCAGGCUUUUGAAAUUGCUAUUAGUCAUCAUGGAUUCUUGCCAAGAUAGAUGUGCACUUGAUUCGAUGAAAAUUUAUCAGAAAUGAUGGAGAUCGAAUGGUCACAUUGUACUACAACUAUACGAAAAGUAAAUCUUUAGUUCUGUA